UAUAGCAUACAUGUCAUGUAAAUAGAUAUACUCCCCAAUUCUCAGAAAAUGUCUCUUGCAUGGGCACCAUCCCUUCUAUCUAUACUUGCAUCGUACCCCUCCUGCUAUGUUUCCUUCUUUCUUCUUUUUCUCAUGUACUGCCGAUGCUGCCGGCACAAGACUGACAACGAAAAACCGUCGAACAUUCCUAAGAAUUGGCCGGUUCUCGGCAUGCUCCCGGGCGUCGUGGCCAACCUCCACCACAUCCACGACUGGCUCACCGUGAUCCUCUGGGAGACCGGGGGCAAUUUCACCUUCUUCGGUCCGUGGCUCUCCGGCAUAGCCUUCGCCACCACCGCCGACCCCGCGACGGUGCAGCACGUCUUCACCGCCAACUUCGCCAACUAUCCCAAGGGCGACGACUUCGCGGAGAUCUUCGACGUGCUCGGCGGCGGCAUCUUCAACUCCGACGGCGAAUCCUGGCGGGCCCAGCGGGCCCGGGCCCAGCUCCUGAUGGCCCACCAGAGGUUCCGCAGUUUCGUGGCGCGGUGCAGCCGUGAGAAGGUGGAGAGCGGGCUGCUGCCGUUGCUCGGCCGCGCGGCGGAUGCCGGGGGUUGCGUCGACCUGCAGGACGUGUUCUUGCGGCUGACCUUCGACACGACGACCAGACUGGUCUUCGGGGUCGACCCCGGCUGCCUGUCUGCCGGGCUGCCGACCGUGCCGUUCGCGAAGGCCGUGGACGACGCCAUGGCCGCGCUCUUCCUCCGCCACAUAGUGCCUGCAGCCUGGUGGAAGGCGAUGCGGCGGCUGGGAGUAGGACCGGAGAAGAAACUUGCCGCGGCCCGCAUAGUCAUGGACCGGUUCAUCGCCAAAACCAUCGAGGAAAAGAAGCAAGCUUAUGCGAAGAGGGAAUCAGAUGACGAAGAAUCCGACUUAUUAUCAGCGUACAUAGAAGAAAAGGAGCUUGACUCCUCCUCCACAUCCGAUGACGAAAAGUUUCUCCGAGACACCGCGAUGAACUUCAUGCUCGCAGGGCGCGACACGACAGGCUCCGGCCUCUCCUGGUUCUUCUGGCUCCUCUCCAAGAAUCCGCGCGUAGAAGAGAAGCUCCUCCAGGAACUGAACACGCUUUCGCCCCCCCAAAAAGGUGAACUCGCCGUCUUCGACUCCGAAGAGCUUGGUAAGUUGGUCUACCUCCACGCCGCCUUAUGCGAAUCGCUCCGCCUCUUCCCGCCGGUCCCCGUAGAGCACAAAGGAAUUCUCGAACGUGACAUUCUCCCCAGCGGCAUCGAGGUAAACCCUAGCAUGAAGAUACUUGUGUCGUUGUACGUGAUGGCGAGGAGGGAGGAGGUGUGGGGGAAGGACUGCAUGGAGUUUAGACCGGAGAGGUGGAUAUCGGAGAAGGGGAAGGUGCGAUACGAGCCAUCGUAUAGAUUCUUAUCGUUCAACUCGGGGCCGAGGACGUGCUUGGGGAAGGACAUGGCGUUUACGCAGAUGAAGGCAGUGGCGGCCGCCGCCAUCUACAACUUCCGCAUCGAGGCCGUCGAAGGGUUCGUUGCGGAGCCCAAUUUCUCCAUUAUUCUGCAUAUGAAGAAUGGUCUAAUGGUUAGGGUUAGGAGGAGGGGAAGUGAAUGAGGAGGGUGAAGAUGACAAGGGACGAUUGGUGCAUAUUUUCGUAGUAUGUUAUAUUGUUACGUUGCCUACUGCUAUGUGAAGCUAUUGCAUGUACGUAGCUACCUAAGGUGUAGUUUGGAAUGAUAUUAAGAUCUAUUGGAUAUUAAGUACCAUAUAAAAAUAUAAUGUCUUUAGGCAAAAUAAAACUGACAUGAACACAUAUAGAAAAACAC